GCUGAUUAGCCGGUCCUCAUUACAUACUUGAGCCGACGCUCUUCCCGCCGCUAAACAUUGUCGGCAUAAAGCCAUGUCACCACAGUGAGGGCCAGCCAGCAUGGCUGAGAGCACUCUGAACUUCAACGUGGGUGUGCUGGGCCACAUAGACAGUGGCAAGACGUCACUGGCACGCGCACUCAGCUCGGUGGCGAGCACGGCCAGCUUCGACAAGAACCCGCAGUCACAGGAGCGCGGCAUCACCAUCGACCUGGGCUUCAGCAGCUUCAGCGUGCCGACGCCGGAGCGGCUGUCAGCGCCCGGCAGCGCGCUGCGCACCGUCCAGUUCACGCUUGUCGACUGCCCCGGCCAUGCCUCCCUGAUCCGGACCAUCAUCGGAGGAGCCCAGAUAAUCGAUCUGAUGCUGCUGGUGGUGGACGUGACGAAGGGCAUGCAGACGCAGACGGCCGAGUGUCUGGUAAUCGGUGGCAUCCUCUGCCGCCGCCUGGUGGUGGUGCUCAACAAGACGGACCUGGUGCCUGAGCCCAAGCGCGCCGCUCACGUGGAGAAGAUGAGCCGCCGGCUGCGCGCCACGCUCCAGACCACCAGGUUCCGUGACGCGCCAGUGGUGGCGCUGGCGGCGCGGCCCGGCGGCGCAGAGGGCACCGGCGACGCCUCCGGCGUGUCAGAGCUGGUGGAGGAGCUGCUGCGCCAGGUGUACGUGCCUCAGCGGUCCGUCAGCGAGCCGCUCGUGUUCUCCGUCGAUCACUGCUUCAGUAUCCGCGGCCAGGGCACCGUCAUGACCGGCACCGUGCUGCAGGGCUCGCUGGCUGUCAACCAGUUCGACCCCAAAACAACACUGGGAGCUGCGGUCUGGUGGCAGCGGUGGGGUAUCUGCCCACCAUCACGGGCCUGCAUCAUACAGCUGCACAGAAUCGACUACUUCCGCGGCGAGAUUCGCAGCAAGAGCCGCUUCCACGUGACGCUGGGCCACGACACGGCCAUGGCGCGGAUGACGCUGUUCGCCCGGCCCGGGCCGGCACCGGCCG